UUGAUGGGUGUGGUGUUUUAAAGGGGCGUGUCGCAACCACGUGCUGUCAUAAGGAGAAGAAAGAAAAUGGUGAAGACAAGAAGUACUAGAAAUAAGGUCCCAGGAUCUUCCCCACAGCCAAUGGAAGAGAGCACAGAAGACAAGGUUCAGGAAAAGUCUGACUACACAGCAGAAGAGCUAGCAUCGUUAGCAUUCGAUCACAUCAAAGAUAAAAUAAAAGACAAACUUGAUCACUCGCUGCCCGACAUACUGAUCCUCCCUGGAGGUAAAGAAGGAGACAAGAGAGGCCUGGAUCUUGCAUCAAGGAUUGAUCCUGGAAUAGACAUAGGAGGAGAAAGAGAGAGAGGAGAAAAAGAUAGAGUUUUAAAAAAGGAUAAGGUCUCAUUAGAAAUGACUAAGAGGCAGGAAGAGAUUAUGAAAAAAAGUGUCAUCACUUCAGAUUUUGAAAAGAAGGAAUCUGCCCCGCCCGUUUUAGUCUCCCGUUACAAGUUAAAGAAAAUGAGAAAGGUGGAAAGAGAAAAGUCUGCCGGUAGUAACUGGUUUGAUAUGCCUGCUCCGGAAAUGACUGAAGAACUCAAAAAUGACCUCAAGGUCCUCCAAAUGAGAGAGACUCUUGAUCGCUCCCAUCACUAUAAAAAAUCAGAUUGGAAAAAACUACCAAAGUAUUUCCAGGUCGGACGUGUGAUUGAAGGACCAGGUGAGUUUUAUUCAGCAAGGAUACCAAAGAAGCAGAGAAAGAGGACAAUUGUAGAGGAACUCCUGGCAGACCAGGACUUUAAAAAGUAUCAAAAACGUAAAUUCUCCGAGCUACAGGCCAAGAAGCAAGCACUGUUGAGAAGAAGGAAAAAGAAAUCUUUUACAAAAACUUAAAUCAUAAUAAUUAUACACAAUAUUUAUAGAGAUAAUGAUAAUCAACGACAAGGUUUUUUCAGCUCACAAAAAAAA